AUUUAGUGUAGUUUAUGAUAAAACAUUAUUCCUGUCACUGUCUCCCCUUCAACCACUUCUCCCUGCCUGAUCUCGCUACCCGCUCUCUCCAACAGGUGCCUCGCUAACAUUUUACGUGACAGAUCCUAACUUGACCAAACUCAGCCAACCAAAACUAACAGAACUGAAAGGUGCCUGCGUCUUAAAAAUAUCCAAGAUUGCCUCAUUGAUAUUCCUGCAUUGAUGAUGGGUCAUGGUCCAGUGAUUCUGCUUAUUCAUGAUGUGUCAUGCUGGUGCAGAAAAAUGUCAGAUGAAACAGCAAAGGCCAGAUCUCUUACAGCGGAUUAAUGUCACAAGUCAUGUGAGAUAUUUUUUUAAAGCAUGACACGCCCUCUGCUCUGCACUCCCCUCUACUGGCUGAGAGAUGCACAACAGGAGCACACAUGAACACCCCUUCCACCUAUUCUUGAUGACUCAACUCCAGGAGAAGGCACAUGCUUCACACCAGUGCUUCCAGACAAUGAUAUGAAGUGGGUUAACUCCAUGGAAUAUAUAACCAGGCACAAGACGAGCAUAUGCUGGCUUUAUAACUGCUGAUGCUGUGAUAACCAACAAAAUGAGGCUUCUAUUUCAUGGCAUGGUGUUGGUGGUUCUGAUCUCUAUCUCCUCUCUGAUCCUGUACUCUCUGCUGCUUUGGGUUGUUGCUCCCACCACCCCAGGACCAAACAGACUCACCACAGCCAGACUAAGGAAGAAUGAUGAAUAUAUAACAUUAGUCGGGUCGGAUGUUGAGUCUCACUUCUACACGCUGGAGGUUCGUAACUGUUCCCUCCAGACGACAGAGAUUAACAUAACUUGGAACAAUGCAAUCUGGCAGAAAGUUAAUGGAAAGAGAGUUUAUCUGUACCGCUCAUACUACGACAUCAGAUACAUCUUUGGAGGCACCACCUACCACUAUGUCAGGAUCCUUGGUAUGUCUCAGGGCAAGAUUAAGGAGGAGGACCACUACUACUGCCACCUGUGGUACCCCAGAGAGCAGGACCCAGUGGCUGUGAGGGCAGAUGUGUCAGAAGUUUGGCAACCCAUGUGGGACAGCAAACCUAAGCCUGACAUAUACCACACAUAUUUAUUCUCAUGUCCUGUCCCCUUACGAGUGCAUGACCAUCGUCCAUAUCCUGAGUUUGUGUCCCUGUCUUACCGUGCCUGUGAGAACAUGACCACACAGUUGAAGAUUCAUCACGACGGAAUAAAAGCUUGGCAGAGGAAUGAGAGGAAGGGGAAGUACAUUGUGUGUGUCAAGGGAAUGAAUUUUGAAGAGGAUGUGUCAGUGAAGCUCAUUGAAUGGCUGGAGAUGAUUUUUAUCCUAGGUGCUGAUAAGAUUCUCAUGUACAAGUACACUGUGCAUCCUAAUGUGGCAAAAGUGUUGGAUUACUACCACAGCAAAGGGAAGGUGAUGGCUGUGCCUCUAACUCUGCCAGGAGACCAACCCAAUGAACCCAAGCAACGAACACGCUACCUCAAAAAGGCACUGUGGCAGAAACGGCGAAACGAACUCAUCCCGUACAAUGACUGUCUCUACCGCAACAUAUAUCUGUAUGACUACAUUGUGCCUCUGGACGUGGACGAGGUCAUCAUCCCAGUCGGUGGCCACACUUGGUCACAAAUGUUCACAAAAUUACAAAGGAAGCAGCCAAAGUCCCUUGAGAAAUAUGCAUCAUUUUCAGCCCAAAAUGCUUACUUCUUUGAUGUCUUCAAUGCCACGUCUGACCCAGAGAUUCCCUCCUACUUCCACAUGCUGCGGCACACAACUCGCAGCGCUAACUUCAGCAUCCAUGGUCAUUCUGUCAAGAGCUUCAUAUCCACCAAGAAUUCCCUGACAGUUUUCAACCACUACACACUUGAAUCCCUCUACCCAAGACUGAAGCGUAACUUGGUAAUGAACACUUCCUUAGCUCAGAUCAACCACUACAAGAAGCGCUGUCCCCGGGAGAUGUACAGCCAGUGCAAGAGCAAGUUUUUGGUGUACACAAAGAAGGACAUGAUCAUAAAGAAAUACGGAGAUAAACUCAUACCCAGAGUGGAGUCAGUAAUCAGUGACCUCAGUUUGUUAGUUUAAUGUUUGUUGUUUUUUAGUUGUUAUUUUGUAUGGCAUGGUUAGGGUAAUGUUAAAGAGAAUGCUUCAGCAAGUUACUGUGAUUGUUGAUUUAUAGGUUGACUUAUGAGACCUUCAUCAUGUGUGUAAUAUAAUUCAUGGCAGUGAAGACGCCUGGUGCCCCUUCAUGCAGGAUGUAAACAAACACUGCAACAUAUCCACAGGGACUGCCAGAUGUAGGGUUGAUGGCUUCUUGCAGCUUCCCUUAUUUUCUUAUGUUCUUUAUCUUCAUUACGAUUACACAGCAAUUCAGUCAACGGUGAUAUUAGUGGUAAUGUUGGUUAAUGAUGCAAUAGCAUCCUGUAAUGUUCUUUGUAAAGUUAUGAAGACUCUUAUGCAUUGUGAAGUCUAUGGAAGUAUCUGUCAUUGCAUCAGUGAGUGUUGAUCUUUGGCAGUUGUUGGAUUUCUGACAUUUUGUUUUCUGAGGACUUCCCCCAAAGAGGUGGCCAGUACUGAAACUUCCAUCCAAACUCCUUUAACAAAUAUAUGUCCUCAUAUAAAUUUAUCUCAUCUGCCCUUUCUGUCUGUCUAACAUUCAUCAUCAAAUCCUUUAUUUUUUUAAGUGCUUUCAUAAAUCAUCUUGGAUUAUUCAUUUUCCAUUUAAAAUCAGUAAUCUUGACAUUACUGGCACCAGUAUGCUCUUGCAUCUCAUUAUUGUCAUGUUAUGGGGAGUUAACCUUUGCUGUCUGAACACUUUGGCUGCCUUCCAAUCAUAGCCAUGUCCUCACAGUGCCAUUAUAAUAGGUCAAAAUACAGCACUAUUUCCAAGUCCUCCCUUAAUAUUUCAUUAUACUUGUGUUUCCUCUCUCAUUGCAUGCCAGUUCCUACAGCUUGUCUACCUGUACUAACCCCUUCCUCUCAGACUUUCUUCAUGUUCCCUCAAUACUGUCUUAACAUGAAGGAUUUUCAGCAUUUAACCAGCUCUUCAGAACAUGACUGCUGUGUUCUCUGUACUCUUUAUCACCAGUAUUAGCUGCAGUAGUAAGAUUUGUUUCUAAUGUUUAAUAGUACACUCACCCACUUCCCCGCACAAUAACUUAUCUGUCGCCUCCUCACAGUUCCUAAUGCAUCUCACAAAUGCUGCAGUCAAAUCUUGUAUAGCUUGCUGAGUGCUGUCAUACAACUCUUGCUACAGUAUAAUGUUGUAAUAGAAAUUAAAUCCGGAUGCUGCUGUUCUUCCUCAUCAAAUAGCAAGUAGAUGGAUAUUUCAUGUAUGCAUACCACAGUAUUUUAAUUCUUUGCACUGUUUUGUACAAGUUGUUGCACUUUUUAAACGAGACAAACAAUCUUUCAAUCAAAAUUAAUCAAAAUAGGCCAUGCAGAAUCUUUCCAUCAAAAUGAAUCAAACUAAACCAAAUGCUUAUUUGAAAUAUAUUGAAUGAACAAAUAGUAUAGAUGUAUGAAAUCAAAGAGAGUCAAGCAAAGCACAUUUAGGACACAUUUUACCAUGACAGUUAUGCUAAAACCUUGUGUAAGCUAAGUGAAAAAUUAAGGUACAGUCUUGGGAAGUACCAGUGACAAGCAGUGCUCACUUCCACUGUGUCUUGCAUCUUUCUGCACCCACAAAUCCUCUGCUGCUUAGCGUCUCAAACAUCAGGAGUUUGUGAGCUGAUCAUAGUGUUUGAGAUUGAGAGGAAAGUGCAAAACAGUGGAGUUAGUUGGAAGGAGACAAGUAGGAAGACCAAAGACCUGGAGAUGGCAUGUGGACGAAGUGAGAAGGAUGGACAUUGGGGAUCAUCUGCAUCUGCUAAAAAUGGGUAAGACUUGUAAUCCAUCCAACCUCACAAGGGAAGAGAAGGAUGUUAAAAAAAAUGAUGAUGAUGAUGAGUGGAAAGGAGUGUAGCAGUUUGCUGGAAUUGUGGCCAUGACUGUCCCUGCCUGACUUUUAAUCUAAACAAACAGGAAUCCAAAACUUAAAAGAUAGCUCCAACACUGUAAUCAAGGACGAAGAGGGAAACUAUCUUCUGAAUUUUUCCAUUACUGUAGCGGCUAUGUAACCACUGUGAGUAAUGUAAUGCUCAUGUAAUAGAUACUCAAGAUGCAUAAUAAAAUUAUACAUUAUGCUCUA